UCAUUUGCUCUGCCAAUGCCGGUUCCCAGCAGGCACAUCAAUAUUGGCCGUUCUCAGAGCUGGGAUGCUGCUGGCUGGUAUGAAGGCCCUUGGGAGAAUGCUGGGCCUCCAGGGAGGAGAAGUUCUCUGACGUACAGCCCUGGAGAAGGGACCUGGUGUGAGCUGCUAAACCAUCGUGCCCAGGACACUGAGUCCUACCUGUCCCGGGAAGCUUUUUAUAACUCACUGGCAUCAAGAAAGGGGUCCGUGCCUGACUUCACCUUCUACGACAGCAGGCAGGCAGUGAUGUCUGGCCGUGGCUCCAUGCUGCCACAAGACUACUAUGGCGACCCAUCCAGGGGCACCAGGGUACCCAAGGAGCCUCCUUUCUAUCGGGACCCAGGAACCAGCCGGCCGGUGCCCAGCUACGGAGUGCUUGGCAGCAGAAUGCCAUGGGAGCAGAUACAAGGCCAGUUACCUGCCCUGCAGGAUGCUGGCCACCUGUACCGGGAAUCUGGGGGUAAAACUGUCUCGCAUGGGCAGCGGACACAUGGCAGGGCUCCAUCUCCUGGGAGGUAUGGAAGGGAACAGCCUGAUACUAGAUUAGGGAUAGAGGUACCCACCUAUUCCCCCAACUCCAGUCAGGUCUACAACGAUAUCUGCGAAAGACCUGUUGACUCUACCCCUGCCAGACAGGUGGCCCCAACAUGCCUGGUUGUGGACCCCAGCUCAGCUGCCCAUACUGAGAACAGCACAGGGGUGGGCCCAGGUUCCCUGAAUAGAGGCUAUGGGCCUACCCGAGAAAGCAUCCAUUCAAAGCUGGCCUAUGAGAAUUAUGAAGCUGACUUGUCUACAUUCCAAGGACCCGGGGGCAAGAGGACCGUGUACCCUGAGUUUUUGGCCCUGCUGAGGGCAGAGGGUGUGGCAGAGGCCACCCUGGCAGCCCUGUUACAGCAAGGCUUUGACUCCCCAGCUGUCUUAGCCACCAUGGAGGAUGCUGACAUCAAGUCUGUUGCACCCAACCUAGGCCAGGCCCGUGUCCUGAGCCGCCUAGCCAGCAGCUGCAGGACAGAGAUGCAGUUUCGGAGACAGGACCGGACAGGCCCUCCACCCCGAAAUCGGUCCAGUAGCUUCAGCCACCGAAGUGAGCUGCUGCCCAAUGACAUGGCCUCACUGGGUACAGCCCUGCAGUUUCACCCUGCUGGACCCUUGCAGACACCCUCUCCCCGAGCUGGAGAUCUCGGUCGCCGCCCCUCCAGUGCACCUUCCCAGCACCUUCUGGAGACAGCAGCUACUUACUCCGCCCCAGUGGUGGGGACCCAAAACCCCCACUUAGCCUCCAACUCUGGAUAUAGCUCUCCUACCCCCUGUGCCCUAACUGCACGGCUGGCCUCCUCAUAUCCUUCACAAGCUGGGGUAGCUUUGACUGCUAACCCAGGCCCCUCUGUCCCCCUUCACUCAAGUCCCAGAACUGCCUACUCCACCUCGUACACAGUGCCCAUGGAACUGCUUAAGAGGGAGCGCAGCAUGACCGCCUCUCCGCUGCCCAGCCCCCACAGCAGCCCCCAGCUCCUACGGAAACCUGGAGCAGCCCCCAUGGAGCCAUCUGCCCUGCCACCAGUCAGCCAAAGUCUCCACACACCUCAUUCACCGUACCAGAAGGUGGCCCGUCGGACAGGGGCUCCCAUCAUCGUGUCAACCAUGCUAACUACAGAACCAAGUAUCCGCCCCCAGAUCAUGAACGGCCCCCUGCACUCCCGCCCCCUAGUGGCACUGCUGGAUGGCAGAGACUGCACUGUGGAGAUGCCCAUCCUAAAGGACCUGGCCACCGUGGCCUUCUGCGAUGCACAGUCCACUCAGGAAAUCCAUGAGAAGGUGUUGAAUGAGGCUGUGGGUGCUAUGAUGUACCACACCAUCACCCUCACCAGGGAAGACCUGGAGAAGUUCAAAGCCCUGAGGGUGAUCGUGCGAAUUGGUAGUGGCUACGACAACGUGGACAUCAAGGCAGCUGGCGAGCUUGGGAUUGCCGUGUGCAACAUCCCAUCUGCUGCAGUGGAAGAGACAGCAGAUUCGACAGUCUGCCACAUCCUCAAUCUAUAUCGGCGGAACACGUGGCUCUACCAGGCCCUACGAGAAGGCACACGAGUACAGAGUGUGGAACAGAUCCGUGAGGUCGCCUCAGGAGCUGCUCGGAUCCGAGGGGAGACAUUGGGUCUCAUUGGCUUUGGUCGCACGGGGCAGGCAGUUGCUGUUCGAGCCAAGGCAUUUGGAUUCAGCGUCAUAUUUUAUGACCCCUACUUACAGGAUGGGAUAGAGCGGUCUCUGGGCGUUCAAAGGGUCUACACCCUGCAGGACUUGCUGUAUCAGAGCGACUGUGUCUCCUUGCACUGCAAUCUGAAUGAGCACAACCACCACCUCAUCAAUGACUUCACUAUCAAACAGAUGAGGCAAGGUGCAUUCCUUGUGAAUGCAGCCCGAGGUGGACUGGUGGAUGAGAAAGCCUUAGCUCAGGCCCUCAAAGAGGGCAGGAUACGAGGAGCUGCUCUGGAUGUGCAUGAGUCUGAGCCCUUCAGCUUUGCUCAAGGCCCAUUGAAGGAUGCUCCAAAUCUCAUCUGCACACCACACACAGCCUGGUACAGUGAACAAGCAUCACUAGAGAUGAGGGAAGCAGCUGCCACUGAGAUCCGCCGAGCAAUCACAGGUCGCAUCCCAGAAAGUUUACGAAACUGUGUCAACAAAGAAUUCUUCGUGACUUCGGCUCCUUGGUCAGUCAUUGACCAGCAAGCAAUUCAUCCUGAGCUCAAUGGUGCCACAUACAGGUAUCCACCAGGCAUUGUAGGUGUGGCUCCAGGAGGGCUUCCUCCAGCUAUGGAAGGGAUCAUCCCUGGAGGCAUCCCUGUGACUCACAACCUCCCCACAGUGGCACACCCUUCCCAAGCUCCUUCCCCCAACCAGCCCACAAAACACGGGGACAAU